UGAUACUGGUUUGAUAAAACCAGGGGCCGCAGCCGCAGCCGCAGCAGCCGUAGAGGUCUAUUUUCAUUUUAAUUGGGUGCAUUGUUCCUAUCUCUGGCCUCAAGUUGUUGGAGCUAUGGACUUCUUGGCAGCAUCUGAAGGCCAACUAGUAGUUGGAAUCGCUGUUGGUCUUGUAGCUAUUGGUGCUGCUUAUUUCUUGCUUUCCUCCAAGAAGCCCAAAGUGUGCUUGGAUCCUGAGAAUUUCAAGGAAUUUAAGCUUGUGAAGAAAACACAAAUAAGCCAUAAUGUGGCCAAGUUCAGAUUUGCUCUCCCCACACCUACCUCUGUAUUGGGCCUUCCUAUUGGACAGCACAUAAGCUGCAGGGGUAAGGAUAGUCAAGGUGAAGAGGUCAUUAAACCAUACACUCCAACUACUUUGGAUUCUGAUGUUGGACACUUUGAAUUAGUUAUAAAGAUGUAUCCACAAGGGAGAAUGUCUCAUCACUUCAGAGAAAUGAAGGAAGGCGAUUAUAUGGCUGUUAAAGGACCAAAGGGUCGUUUUAGGUAUCAACCAGGCCAAGUAAGAGCAUUUGGUAUGCUUGCUGGGGGCUCUGGGAUUACACCAAUGUUCCAGGUUGCCAGAGCAAUCCUGGAGAACCCGAGUGACAGAACAAAGGUGCAUCUGAUUUAUGCUAAUGUUACAUUUGAUGACAUUCUACUAAAGGAUGAAAUCGAUGGUCUAGCCAAAAACUACCCCGACCAGUUCCAAGUUUACUAUGUUCUCAACCAGCCUCCUGAGAUAUGGAAUGGUGGAGUUGGUUUUGUGUCAAAGGAAAUGAUUCAGGCGCACUGCCCUCCUCCAGCCUCCGACGUGAAGAUUCUGAGAUGCGGUCCGCCUCCAAUGAACAAGGCUAUGGCUGCUCAUCUUGAUGCACUCGAAUACUCAGCUGAGAUGCAGUUCCAGUUCUAGCUUUCCCUGUGGUGGUUGAGACUUGAUUUUAUCUUCUUCUUGGGGGAAAUUCUGGACCUUGUAAGAUAAAGAUUUUCCCCCUUAUUUUUCGAAUGCAAUACUGAGAAAGUUUAACCUUUUUUUCUUCCAUUGAAAUAAGCAAUAUCCCCUGCAGUGUAAACCUUUUAUUUCUUCCAUUGAAAUAAGCGAUUUCCCUAUUAGGUCAA